UCUGCCUCCCGCCGCCUCCUUGCCCCCUUCUCCCGCUCGUCUCUCACCCCCCGGGGGCAAGGCGACCCCCCGGGAAUGCAGCCUGGAGGAUGCUGUGGUUCCCGGUGAAGAAGAUCCGGAAGCAGUUCAAGCUGCUGCUCCUCCUGGUGCUGCUCACCUUCGCCGUCUGGUUCACCUACCUGCACAUCAGCCUGGUGCGCCAAGGCAAGGCGCUGCGCCUCCACUUCGCCUCCGGACGCGAUGGUGAGCGGCUGGGUGAGGUGACAGACCCUGGCAGGCGAGCGGCUGUGGCCCAUGCAUCCUCUCCACAGAGGAAGGCAGAGGACUCCAGCGAAAGCCAGGAGGAUGAGCAGAUGAUAGAAGAACAAGGAGUUGAUGGGUGGUUUUCCAAAAGGCGUGGCUUUGACAGAGCUGUAAGACUUCCAAAGCCAAAUGUAACCAGACAUGUUCUGCCAUGGAAUGAGCAGUACAAAGGAAAAGCAAACCUGCAUGUUUUUGAAGACUGGUGUGGAGGAGCUGUGGGACAUCUAAGGAAGAAUCUACAUUUUCCCCUCUAUCCUCAUACACGUACAACAGUGAAGAAGUUGGCAGUGUCACCGAAAUGGAAGAAUUAUGGACUACGGAUAUUUGGGUACAUUCAUCCUUUCAAGGAUGGGGAUUUUCAGUUUUCUGUAGCUUCUGAUGAUAACUCUGAAUUUUGGCUCAGCUCUGAUGAGACUCCAGCCAAUGCACGACUGGUGGCCUUUGUGGGCAAGCUGGGCUCUGAAUGGACUGCUCCAGGAGAGUUCACAAAAUUCAGUUCUCAGGUCUCCAAGCCAAUCCGUGUCCUUUCCUCCAGGCGCUAUUACUUUGAACUCCUUCACAAGCAGGAUGACCGUGGGUCAGAUCACGUGGAAGUUGGUUGGCGAGUUUUCCUUCCCAGCUUCAAGUUUGAGGUGGUUGAUUCUCCCUACAUCUCACUUUAUACAGAUGAGUCCAGCCUGAAAAUGAAUGAGGUGGACCAUGUGCCUCAGUCGCUUGGCAGCUAUACCAGCAGCUACCUCUGGAGUGAACGGAGGGAUGAGCAUGGAGCAGAUAUGCUGAAGUCUGACCCUCGUGAUAUUUUCUUCCUUACUCCCCAGAUUGAACCAUCCCAUGUGGAGAAUGUAUUGGUGCCCUGUGCUUACAGCCCUACUUAUGUGGUGAAGGAUUUCCCUAUUGCCCGCUAUCAGGGUCUGCAAUUUGUCUACCUCUCAUUUGUUUAUCCCAACGACUUCACCCGGCUUACACACAUGGAGACAGAGAACAAGUGCUUCUACAGAGAGUCACCGCUCUACCUGGAAAAAUUUGGCUUUUACAAAUAUAUGAAGAUGGAUGAAGAGGAAGAAGAUCCACACCAGCGAGCCUUUCUCUUCCUUAAUCCUGAGAAUUUUUUGGAAGAAGAGGAGGAAGGAGCCGACAGCCCGGAACCUACUGACCCACCUUCUGAUAGCAAGGGAAAACGCCCAAUCGUGUUGGAUCCCCAUGUUUUUCCUGGGAUGAAACAGAAAGAGAAGCCCCUAACUACAAAGGAUUAUGGCACUGACAUGGAUUAUUAUCCCUUCCAUCAAAAGCAAAAGAGCAUUAAUGAAGAGAAAGCCCUGAAGGGACAGGCUGUUCCCACAGGUACAAACAGUGGGCCCAGCAUAAGCUCUGUAACUCCUUCUAAGGUGUUCCAGGCAUUUGAGAAUAGAGAACAAGUGAUUGGAGAACAAGUGAUUAUCCACAGUCGAUCUCUCAGAUGGGCACAGGAGAACGAGGAGGAUGAGAGACAAAAGGAGGGCCAGAUGGAGCUGCUGUCACCAUCAAAGCAGGGCAACUCUCUUGGCUUCCAACCACACUUGUCUGUGCCUUUCUUUGCUGGAAAGGCCAAGCAGAGCCUUAAGGAGGAGAAGCAGAUCAAGAAGGAGACAAAGGUACCCCCAGACAAAGUGUAUGUGACCAGGCUGCAGCCCAGCAAAAAAAAGGCCCCCUCACAAAAGGAUGUUUUCCGUGGAGUCUUCCUCUACCCUAGGCUACCAAGGAAGACACACUCUAGGGCCCCUCAGUGGCACCCCUCUCCCUUCAACAAACUCAGUGCGAUCCCUGCUCGCAGGACUCCAUGGCUCACAGGCAAUGCCUCCAGGGAAACAGAGCCUUCUAAGCGAAAGGGUCAGCGGGCCAACCGGAAAUGGGAACAGCUGUACAGUCGAGAGGCCCGCAAGGCUAGGAGUAGGCAGAGGAUGCGCCCCAGUGUCUCAACCUUGCCUGAAGAAGGGGUGCUCAGCAAAGAAACCUUUGAGGUCACCCCCCCAGCAAGGACCACACUAGAUUACAAUUCCUCAGAGGUGGUGGUAUCUGAAGGUGUACGGGUUACGUCCUUUCUGCAGAUGUCAGAGAUGACAGAAUCUCAGCAGGAGGAGGGUGAAGGCCUGGAGAAGGCCCAAGAGGAGGAAAUGGAGGAGGAACUAUCUGACUAUAGUUAUGAGAACUCAGAGCUUCAGCAGAGCUGGCUAGAGGAUUCCAUCAAUUGGCAAAGGACGUUCAGUGUCAGCCCUGUGGACUUUGAGUUGCUGCGCUCCGACUGGAAUGACCUGCGAUGCAAUGUCUCAGGAAACUUGCAGCUGAGCGAGAGUGAGGUGGUGGAUGUGGUGGCCCAGUAUAUGGAGAAACUCAAUGAGAAGAAUGGCGGAAUUUAUACCCUCUUGCGGAUCAUCAAUGUGGAGAAGCGGAGAGAUACAGCCCGAGGCAACCGUUACCUGAUGGAGCUGGAGCUGAUGGAGAGAGGUCAACGGACCGUGAGACUAUCAGAGUACAUCUAUGUCCUCCUCCAUCAGGGCAAGUCAGAGGACAGCACUGAAGUCAACCCCAAGGGGGCUGCCACUGCCUCCACUGAAUCUCAGCCACCACCUAGUGCCUGGAGCCUGCUGUAUGGGAAGCCCAUCCUGUGCCGACCUCUGAAGCUCAUCUGGAGGCCUGAUGUUAUGGUGCAUUUUGUGGUGCCAGUGAAAAACCAAGCCCGCUGGGUACAGCAGUUCAUCUCAGACAUGUCCAACCUAUACUUGAACACCAAGGAUGCCAACUUCAACAUUAUCCUGGUGGAUUUUGACAGUGAUGACAUGGAUGUAGAGAAGGCUCUUCGGGAGACACCGCUGCCCAGGUAUCAAUACUUGAAGCGCACUGGGAACUUUGAGCGUUCUGCUGGACUGCAGGCUGGGGUGGACUCCAUAGAGGACAGCAGCAGCAUUGUGUUCCUGUGUGAUCUGCACAUCCACUUUCCCCUCAACAUUCUCGAUAACAUCCGGAAGCACUGCGUGGAGGGGAAGCUGGCCUAUGCGCCCAUCGUCAUGAGGCUGGGCUGUGGGAGCUCUCCUCAAGAACCCAAUGGAUACUGGGAAGUGAAUGGCUUUGGCCUCUUUGGAAUCUAUAAGUCGGAUUUUGAUCGCAUUGGGGGGAUGAACACGGAAGAAUUUCGGGACCGAUGGGGUGGAGAGGACUGGGAGCUCUUGGACAGGGUGCUUCAGAGUGGAUUGGAGGUGGAACGUUUGCGACUCAGGAACUUUUACCAUUACUACCAUUCCAAACGUGGCAUGUGGAAUUCACGCAGCAAGAAGACAUCCAAAGACUAAACUAUGGCCCUGCCAUCAAUGGGACCUCACUCUUGGUCCCCUUCAAGAGGUGAAAAGGGAGCAAGAGCCACCUUGCCACAGCUGCCGUAUCUCCACAUGUUUUCCUCAGUGCUACAGGUGCAGUUAUGGACACAGCAUUGGUUGGAAGCCUUCACAAAGGGCAUGUGGGGCAGAGGGUUUCUAUGGAACUAUUUAAAGCAAACUAUGUUUACUUUGGGGGUUUUUGUGACUUUUCUUAAGGGAUCUAAUUUCUUAGUCAGAAAUUACAUUUAUUAACUCAGUAGUGCUGACAAGUCAGGAUUCCUGCUAAAGAGAGAAUGAGAUGAGCCCUCCAGUGUUACUGCCAGCUAAGAAGGUAACUGGAGCAGCUACGCAAAAUUCAGACAACUUUCAGGGAACAAUCAUGGUGAUUCUGAGGUUCACUUGCUCUGGUUUACUUAGUUCCUUGAAAUAAGAUAGAGAUGGACAGACCAUGAAGCUAUUGUGACAUCUGCUAUCCAUUCUUGCUAUGCCUGAGCUGCCUGUUGUUCCUAUUCAUGGUUUAGUGGCUCAGGAGAAUGCAGAGUCUUCAAAGGAUUUAAAGGAAAAGGAAGAUACUUGUAUUGAGGGAGGAAGGUAUUUCCAUGACUCCAGUCUAGUUUGAGAUUUAUGAUCCAGGCUAACUUUGCAGAUCUCUUUACUCCAGCCCUCAGCAAUGUCUUGCCCUAUGGUCACAGAUUCAGAGAUUUGUGAUUUUCUCAUAUAAGUUUCUUCUGUGGGUGAUCUCCUAUGCUGAGAUGGUGGUAGAAUAUAGUUUUUCUCCUGAAAACUGAGUUUCAUGAGCUUGUAGCUUGGACAUGAAAAGGUCCUUCGCCACUCUCAACACUCCUCCAUCCUAGCCAGCCUUUGAAUGCAGAUCUCUUGAUAAGAGAGCAGGAAGUGUCUUGCACUUUCUGUUCUCACAUAAUCAUAUUCAUCCCAUCCAAAACAAAGAAAUACACCAGCUCUCAAUGGGGGAGACAUCUUUCAGGUGAGAAGAUUUAGAUGUUUUCUUGCAGACACAAUGGGACUGAUGGAGGGACAUGAAGCACAGGGCACUUCCUUUCCCUUUUCUUUCCACACCACCAUACCUUUUGAAUCCAUUGUACCCUCCUCAUUCUCUUCCUCCCCCUGCUCUUUCGAUUGUGCUUAUUUGUUUGUAGAAGUGUGAUCCAAGAAUGGUUACAUAUGGCAUCUGAAACAGCUGCAAUCGAUGUGGUCAAGAAAAGGAGAAGCAGGAAUUCAGAAGAAAUGUUGGGGACCCCUGAAAUGCUGAAUUCCUAAGUUAGUGUAAGCUAGUUGUUAUUGCCCAGUUAUCACCAGACACCCAACCAAACAAGUGGAUGAUAAUUCACAUCGGUUUAUGCUGAGAGCACACACAUUUCACACAUAUCCUUCUCACAAAGGUAAAGGACAUCUAAGAAGUUCAGGGCAUGGAUUCAAUGGAAGUGUUCUCCCCAGCCAUGGCUAUUUGUGAAUCAACCUCCAUACACAAUAUCCCAAGCCUGAUGAGUCGGUGAUAUGUCUUGAUCGACCCAUUUUACCUUCAGUGUGCCGUAGUUGGCCUGUGAGAAAGGGAUGGUGCAGGAAUCCAAGGUGGGGAGGGCAAAACAAUAUUUCCAAGCUAAUUUCUGUGAAAUUAUGAGGUAGAAAGCUGUUUUCAGAAAGUUAUGCCUGGUUUUGCUUUUUAUUUUUAUUGAUAUUGUUAUUAAAAAAUAAAAUAAAUGUCUCGACUCUGA